AUGGUCAAGGAUGUAGGAUCAGUUCUUGAUGAUAUAAAACGAAAACUCAAAUCAAUCAGUAAUCGACAAAACUUGUCGAGUCCUGCACGAAACAAAUCUCUCUCCAUUUACUCUGCUUUUGAUAAGACUAUUAAAAGGCAAGAAGCCGAGUUUCGGUCAAGAAAAUUAUUAUACAAAGAAUCAAUGAAGAUUGAAAAUUUAAAUGAUAAGUGGGAAGUUGCUCCUGAAACGAGAUUGACAGAAGAAUCAACAAGUCAAAUGGAUCAAUUGACUGCAAAUAUUUCCUUUGAUUAUAAUGAAAGAGCAAAAAAGCGUAUCAAGACUCAUAAGGAUAGUAAGUAUUAUGAUAAUAUUAGCAAAGGAGUAGAUGGAAUAAAAACGCCGCCGCCUCGGCCGCUAAAUGAUAAUGGAGCACCUUUCUUCACACCAAACAAACGACAGAUGAAUAAUGAGAAGAUUAUUCAGUACCUUGAUGCCAUGAGGCAGUUAUUGAAAUAUGAUCGAGACGUUGGAGAUGAUUUUAAGUCAGAAAUAAUGCAGAAGAUUGAAGGUGAAGACAACAGGUUCCACCUUUACUAUGAAAAGAUAUCGAUUGAUUUCUACAAUAUGGUCGAUAUAUUUCCGAAUUUGUCGAGAAAAAUCGGAGAACGAAAAUAUAUCGUCCAGAAUAUUUCUUCUCUGUUUAGAUUUUAUGAACGUACAUUUGGCAAUAUGUGUUUUGAUUGGAUCGAACCACAUUCGCCGGGAUCAAAAUUGUUAAAAUCACCUACAAACUCUGGCAUCGCUAUGGUUGAUGUAAGAGGUAUCCGGUUAUUCGAUGAUAAGGAAAUCUUCCAAGUAGAAGUAUCAGGCCCGCCAUCACCAGUAUCAUAUGAACUAUAUUCUACGUUGCUGCCAUUUUCGCUCGAUGCUAUAUCAAAGUACAAAGUGAUUGGGUACAUAUCUCGAUUUGUUUUUAAAAUUCUAUUGGCUGCCGAUAAAUUCCAUCAAAUAUUUCUAUUUCCUAGAAUUAACGCAUUAGAUAAAUACUGUAUAGUAAGAACUUCGAAUUAA